UUUGUAAGCAAAGCUUUCGCGGGGCGGAGCCUAACUGAUCCUGGACACGCAGCCCAUGUCUACCAGUCAUUUCAUUGGAUGUUGUAUUAUAAGGGGCGGAGAGACGGACUCCUUACGGCCGCUAAUAUCUAGAGGUAGGGGCGCGGUGUUCGCUUGAGGGCGGUACUUGUUAUUCGUCCGCUAAGCUGAUUGGGAGCUGCGUGCCUGUGGCGCUGGAGCUGCGCUCUGAUUGGCUACUUGGGGAAGGGUCGUUGGGCCGCGGCUGUUGUACGCUGUCAGUGUGUGAGAGGCUGCGGGGGUCCUGUGCUCGGAGCCGAGGAGAGAGCAGCUCAACCGUGACUCCCGUGUGAGGAUGCGCAGGAGGAAGCGGAGAGACCUGAGCCAGAGAGGGACACGAAGGAACCGCAACAGGGUUCGGCUUGAUGGAUAUUGAUCUGGAUUAUGAGAGGCCGAAUGUUGAGACCAUUAAGUGCGUUGUGGUGGGAGAUAAUGCUGUGGGCAAGACUCGCCUUAUCUGUGCCAGGGCUUGCAAUGCAACACUCACUCAGUACCAGCUUCUUGCCACCCAUGUGCCAACCGUCUGGGCCAUUGACCAGUACCGCAUGUGCCAAGAGGUCCUGGAACGCUCUCGGGAUGUGGUCGAUGAAGUCAGCGUGUCUCUUCGGCUUUGGGACACAUUCGGAGACCACCACAAGGACCGGCGAUUUGCUUACGGCAGGUCAGAUGUGGUAGUGCUGUGUUUCUCCACUGCCAACCCCUACUCCUUGCGCCAUGUCAAGAGCAUGUGGUACCCCGAGAUCAAGCACUUCUGCCCUCGCACCCCAGUUAUUUUGGUCGGCUGCCAGUUGGACCUGCGAUACGCUGAUCUGGACGCAGUCAAUCGUGCCCGCCGCCCCCUGGCAAAGCCAAUCAAACCAAGUGAUAUCCUUUGCCCAGAAGCAGGGCAUGAGGUGGCAAAGGAGCUGGGGAUCCCGUAUUACGAGACCAGUGUAGUGGCACAAUUUGGCAUCAAGGACGUGUUUGACAAUGCCAUCAGGGCUGCUCUCAUCUCAAGGAGGCACCUACAGUUUUGGAAGUCCCAUUUAAAAAAGGUGCAGAGACCUCUGCUUCAAGCCCCUUUCCUGCCCCCAAAGCCUCCACCCCCCAUCUUUAAUACGGUGGACACCCCCGGGAGCAGAGGGCGGGGUCCAGAUGCCCUGUUCCGUAGCCCUCAUUGUGCCGAUGUGGUGUUCCAACUCGACGAUGGUCAGAGGGUAUUUGCACACAAGGUCUACCUGGCAACUGCCUGCUCCAAAUUCUAUGACCUCUUCUCUCUGGAGCUGAGCCCAUUUGGAGCAAAGAGAGCCGGGAGCAGGACUCACUAUGAGGACCCUCAAAGGACAACUGAGGCAGAUAAACAGAGCAUGAGCCUUGAGGUGGACCAAGAGACCUCUAAUAAUUUACUGGCUGGGAGGGCUUCCUGGCCUGAGCAUGUACCUGGGAAGGGUAGGAAUGGAGGUUGCAUGCAUUUGGGGUGGGGGCGGAGCUUAAGUGAGUGGGGCAGAGGGUUUACCAGUGUGCGGGUAGGCAUGAUAGAAGAUCCUCUGACCCAGAGGGAGAGACUAAUGACAGUGGUGGAGAUGGAGGAGCAGAUCCAAACAGAGCCACUCAGAGUGGUGUUGGAGUACCUCUAUACGGGCAACUUGGAUCAAAACCGGGCCGAUCUCAUGCAGGUGGCAAAUAUAGCCGAGGCGCUGGAGGUCUUUGACCUGCGCAUGAUGAUUUCCAACCUGAUGAACAAGGAAGGGUUCAUGAACCAGGAGAUUACCAAAGCCUUCCAUGUGCGCAGAGCCAAUCGCAUUAAGGAAUGUCUCAGCAGGGGGGUCUUCUCAGAUAUUCUGUUUAAAGUAGACGAUGGGACAGUCCAUGCCCACAAGCCCUUACUGAUCGCAAACUGUGACUGGAUGGUUGCUCUAUUCUGUGGUUCCUUCCGGGAGAGCUUUGCCCAGGAGGUCUCCCUUCCUGGCACCUCAUGUAGCUGCCUUCAUACCGUCCUGGAAUACUUGUACCUUGGCAAUUUCUGCCUGGCACCUGCCUUGGAUUCUGUGGAGCUUCUGGUACUUUCCAACCGUCUGUGCCUCCCCCACCUGCAAGCCCUGACUGAGCAACAUGCGGUGGAUGAGCUCCUGGCCUCCUACGUACAAGGGGAGGAUAUAGAUGGGCAAGUCCUGCAUUACCUGGAGAUGGCACAGGUCAGACUUCUCUGCUUGGCUUGGGGUGAAACUCUCCACAAUGCCAAGCAGCUGGCUGACUGGUGCCUUCACUACAUCUGCACCAACUACAACUCUGUGUGCCGCAAAUUCCCUCGGGAGAUGAAGUACAUGAACCCAGAGAAUAAGAGUCACUUUGAGCGUCACCGAUGGCCCCCCGUUUGGUACCUUAAGGAGGAAGACCGCUAUCUGCGAUGUAAGCGGGAACGCGAGAAAGAGGAGGAGCUUAUUCGCAAGCAGAACAGCAAAAGCAAAUGGUGCUUCUGGGUCUCCUCAGCCUCUUCACCAGUGCCCUGAACCUACACUUUUGUGCCUUCAGAUAGUGGCAAGAGGACCGGUACUUACCUCAACCCCAACCUUCUACCCCCUGGGGGAUUUGAUUGUACCAGUUGUAUGUCAGCUUCAGCUUUAAAGAGCUACUCUAUAGAAAGUGGCAGCCAUCUUUGGAGCUCACCGAGUCUCUUACCUUUUAGCCUGCCUUGUGCUGUGAUGUGGCGCUUCCUUCACACAUUAGAGGCCCAUUUGGGGGAUGAACAUUCAGAGGGUUACGACUAUAUGGAAAGAUGGCGCUUGGGACAGGGUGAUGAUGAAUGAGAGUAGGUGAGGGGAACAGGGAGAGUGUGACAGGCUGAUGAUGAGAGAGAGUGUAGGUGGGGGUGACAGUUGCAUGGGUUGACCAUGACAGUUUGUAGGUUUGGUGACAGGUAUGGUGCUGUUGUGAACGUGUGAGGCUCAGAUCCCAGCAGCUGCGCCAUGUUCCCCAUACUGGGCUUUCUACUUUAAUGUUUACAGGAAUUAAUGUGACUGACAUUAUAGAGAGAGGGACACUUACCUGCCUUUCUUACUCCUAUAGUGAAAGGUAUGGACAUGACUGCAGCACAUUAGAUCCAGCACUGCCAUAUAGUGUGAGCAAGCACUCAUACUCCUGACGUGUCAUCUUGAACACUCACUGAGGUGUGUCCAGUGUUUCUGUAGGGUGAGCACCCAUGUAUCACACAGAGAGGUCUGUGGUGUAUCCCUUAUUUAUAUACAGAACUCACCCGACCCUCACCUUCAGCACAUUACCGGCACCGCAGUAUAUUCAUAUAUAAUACAGUAUUAUUACCAGCAGCAUUGUUAUAUACGGGGCAAAUAUACUCUGCACCACUACUUACAGGAACAGAGUAAUUUUAUUCUCCUACACAGGAUAUUGGUAAACGUCUAACCUUUAAAUACUUAUCUGUAUCAUAUACAGCAGCACAGUGAUUAUCCACUUGCUCAUUCUCUAUAGUAAGAUACUCGGCCAUGCAGUACAGUGCUUAUAUGGAUGCUCAGUCCUUCAGCAGAAUUGUAUGGCCCAGCUUGCCAUGAUGAACAGUACCAUGCAGAGAAGCUUGUUCCAUAUGAUUCAGAUCCAUUUGGCCAGUGCAUUGGCUUAUAAGAAGGUGGAGUCUCCCGUUCCUGCUGUUUGGAUUGGUUGGGGUAUUCGUAUGUGUUGUCCCUCGUACAUUCUCUGUGAGCUGAGUAUGAGCUAAAGCAGCACAUUCCUGGCACUAUUUCAUGUUCCAGCUUCAUUGAUGUAGGAAUCCUUAGCAGCAUCCUACUCAGCAGUAGUAUAGGGAGCAUCCUGGCUCAGGUAUCUGCAGAAAACCUGCACCAGUAUUACUGUAUAUAUGGCAGGAUAGUAUAGACUGGGCAUGUUCUACCUCACAGAGGAUGAUGGGAGGGGAAAGAUCAAAUAUUGGUGGCUCUAACCAUAAGCUUGUAGAGUAUUCCUUUCCUACUGUGCUGCAUCUAUUAAAGCAAUGGCCUCUCUAGUGCCACUGAUUGGUUAUUGGCCCUGAUACCUUAAGAUUUGCCUUAAAUGACCUCUGGACUCCCAACUUGGGUUCUGCCUUGUACCCACGUUUGGUGAUGCAAUCAGACCCUAGGAGCUGCCUUUGCUCAUGAUACCGUUGACUCUUCUUCCUGGAGAUAAAUAUUGACUUGUGACCCGACUGAGCAUCACACUAACAGCCCUGCUGGUCUUUGUACUUUGGGUUCAGCACCCGACUAAAGACUAAAGUACAAACAGACUAAAGUACUUGUAGCUUAUAUACCGAUGGAGUCACUAUUAAUACAUUUUCUGAAAUGUUUUUCAAAUAUAUACACCACUGGUGGACUGGAGGACUUCAAGCUGGUGUAUUGGUGGAGUCAACAUUUAGCUGGAAUGAUGUCCACAUCUCCAAGCAGUUCUUGUACAGACGAAUCAUACACAUGGAGUCUUCACCAUCUAAUGCGUUUCUUGAAUGGACCUCCAUGCACACCCAUUUCCACUACAGACUGGAGAAGUCAUGGUUAGUUUACUUGUGCAGUUGCAACUGAAACAUUUCAUGGACUGGACCUCUGUGCUCAGAACUUCAUGACACUUGAGUGAAAAUGGUGGAGCAAAUAUUACAAUAUAUUCUAGAACAGAACUCUAUGACACUUGGUACCAGUAUGGACUGGAGGCUUUGCUAUUAAAACAUUUUAUGGAUAGACCUCCAUGCAGACAGGGGAACUCAUGGCUCGUGUACUGGAGGAGUCACCACUAAGACAUGUCCUGGAGAAUACCUCCAUGCAAAUUCAAAACCAGUAUGGACCAGAAAACUCAUGGCUUGUGUACUGGAGGAGUCAUCACUAAGACAUGCCCUGGAGAAGACCAUGCAAAUUCAAAACCAGUAUGGACCAGAAAACUCAUGGCUAGUGUACUGGAGGAGUCAUCACUAAGACAUGUCCUGGAGAAGACCUCCAUGCAAAUUCAAAACCAGUAUGGACUAGAAAACUCAUGGCUAGUGUACCGGAGGAGACAUCAAUAAGACAUGUCCUAUAGAAGACCUCCAUGUAAAUUAAAAACCAGUAUGAACUGUAGAACGGAGGAGUCACCACUGAGCCUUUUCCAGGAAUGGAUGAUCACUCGCUAUAUGCUUUUUAGUUGGGCAGAGACACUUCAGCCACUUCGCCAAACACAAGCCACACUUCCCUUCUUUUCUAGUAGGGCAGCCAACUUGCAUCUUCUUUCAUGUGUGAGUUUCAUUUCUAACUGGAUUUCUGAGAUUUACACUAACUCUCUCUGCAAAAUACUUACAUCACCACUGAGGUGACCUUGGUGCCUUUUCCAACCCAGUAGUAAAGAGAGAAAUGAGAUCAGACAAUCAGUGAAUCUGUGUAGCUAAAUACAGAAAGGUGGGACAUGUUUGCCUUAGUUUCUCCUAGAAUAAUUCACUGAAUUGGCUCCAGGACCCACCUCCUAUAAGGGACAGUGAUAUAGGGAAGGUAUUCAAGGUGCAGAACCUUAAUAUAAGGGUAUUGCCAUUUUCUAACCACUAUGGAUGUGUGUGUAUGUGGAGCAGGAUUGCAGUGUGGGGGUUACAGUCCCUUGGGAUUACAAUGUGGGGAUUACAUUCCCCUGGGAUUGCAGUGUGGGAGUUUCAUUUCCUUGGGAUUGCAGUGUGGGGGGUUACAUCUCCCUGGGAUUGCAGCAUGGGGGUUACAUUUCCUUGGGAUUGCAGCGUGGGGGUUACAUUUCCUUGGGAUUGCAGCGUGGGGGUUACAUCUCCCUGGGAUUGCAGCGUGGGGGUUACAUUUCCUUGGGAUUGCAGCGUGGGGGUUACAUUUCCUUGGGAUUGCAGCGUGGGGGUUACAUCUCCCUGGGAUUGCAGCGUGGGGGUUACAUUUCCUUGGGAUUGCAGCGUGGGGGUUACAUUUCCUUGGGAUUGCAGCGUGGGGGUUACAUCUCCCUGGGAUUGCAGCAUGGGGGUUGUUUCCUUAGGAUUUCAGUGUGGGGGUUACAUUUCCUUGGGAUUGCAGCGUGGGGGGGGUACACUCCUUAUAGAAUUGCAGUGAGAGGGUGACAUUCCCUAUUGUAUUGCAGCGUGGGGGGCUAUUGUACCCACAGGACAGCAGUGUUAUAGAAUCCAGUUGUGGAGCAGCUAAGUGUUCCCUUUUUGGGGCAAGAGAUUUUUUUACACACAAGGGCUGUUUCUAUGUGUUUGUACAAUAAUGCAACAUUUCAAUGAGACGGAUAAUGUACCACUGCUUUUAUUAAAUGUUUUAUAAGAA